CAAAUCCCUGAGUGAUGAGGAGAACCUGAAGCUCUUUGGGAAGUGCAACAAUCCCAAUGGCCACGGACACAACUACAAAGUUGUGGUCACCGUGCGUGGAGAGAUUGACCCGGUCUCGGGGAUGGUGAUGAACCUGACAGACCUGAAGGAAUAUAUGCAGGCAGCGAUCAUGGAGCCCCUCGACCACAAAAACCUGGACAAGGACGUGCCCUACUUCUCUGAGGUGGUGAGCACCACGGAGAACGUGGCUGUGUUCAUCUGGGACAGCCUCCAGAAGCUCCUGCCCCAGGGCGUCCUGUACAAGGUGGAGGUGCACGAGACAGAGCAGAACGUGGUGGUUUACAAGGGAGAGGAAACAAUUGUCAAGUGAAAUCAGCCUGGCCUCAGCUGCUCAGCAGAAAUCUCCAUUCUCAGCUCCCUGCCCAGCGUUUCCUGCAGCCAGCCCUGGUUCUGUGCUCCUGCAGGACGAGGGCAGGUGUUUCACCAGGACCCUCCCAGCAGUUUGCCCAUCUGGCUUCUCACAAUGGGUUGGUUUCUCUGCUUUUCCUCAAGACCUUCCUGUUUUGCCAGCUGAUGUGAGAUUUAGAGUUGUGCCGUGGUAAAUAAAGCAGCUUUGGGGAGAGGAGGUGGCCUGGCAAAAUCCCCAAAGUCUUUGAUUUCUCUCUGAUUAAAUAUUGAAUUAAUUUAUUUGA